UGAUAGUGUAAAUGGAUGCGCUUCAAGCCACAGUUUUCUUCUUGGUUCUACUGAUAUCAUGCGAGAUUAAUGGCGCCGAGGAUGAAGAAUGGAAGACUGCCACUGCAACAUACUCCAAAGAAACAGAUGGAUCAAUCAUUACAGAAGGGGCUUGUGGCUAUGGGGACCUCCACAAGAUUAGCUAUGGGAAGUACAGUGCUGGCUUAAGCACCAUUUUGUUCAACAGGGGGAGCACUUGUGGAGCUUGUUACGAGGUGAGAUGUGUUGACCACAUAUUGUGGUGCCUGCAAGGGAGUCCAUCCAUUAUUCUCACUGCCACAGAUUUCUGCCCUCCGAACAAUGGACUGGCAGCCGAUUAUGGUGGCUGGUGCAAUUUCCCCAAAGAACACUUUGAGAUGUCAGAGGCUGCAUUUGCUGAAAUUGCUGAGAGAAGAGCCGAUAUUGUUCCAGUGCAGUACAGGAGGGUGAAGUGUGAAAGAAGUGGUGGACUGAGAUUCAAUCUACAGGGGGAUUCACGCUUCUUUCAAGUUCUAAUUGCCAACGUGGGUUUGGAUGGUGAAGUGGUAGCUGUGAAAGUGAAAGGAUCAAAAACAGGAUGGAUACCCAUGGGAAGAAAUUGGGGACAAAACUGGCAAUGCAAUGUGAAUCUCAAGGGGCAGCCUAUAUCUUUUGAGGUGACCGCCAGUAGCGGAAGAACACUCGCAUCUUAUAAUGUUGCUCCGCCAAACUGGCAGUUCGGUCAGACAUUUGAAGGGAAACAAUUCAAGUAAUAGAAGCUUCUGAACUCAAAUUUGGAAGUUGGAAGAUUUCAUUGCUUCAUUUCUGGAAUAUGGCUUGCAACCUGAAACUUUUUAAGUCUUAAUCCUGAGUUCAUAAGUAUUGAGGAUGUAACCACAUGUUUGCAGCUGGUCACAUACAUCUCUAUUCUCUUGCCCCUCAACAUUCCCAGCUAUCCCACCAUGUUGAGUUCACAGUCAAGAAUUGGGUAGACAGUUGUAAAACAAAGUUGAAAAUUUUGGGAAAACAAGGUCCCCCAUUUUUGUCUCUUUAUAAUUUCUUGGCAGAAAGCAUCAUUGUAGAUGGAAUGUGCAAUUAUUAGAAAGUAACCGUGUUUAUACU